AUGAAUCCCACACAACAGAGAUACUCGAUCUACGAUCAGGAACUCUUGGCGUUGGUCAUGGCACUGGACAGGUGGCUGCACUUGCUCCGUGUUUCCAAGGUAACGGCUUACACUGAUCAUCAAGCUCUCACCAAUCUCCAACGACUCCAAGCAUCGAAGCCUCUGCAAGGACGCACCGCCCGGUGGCUAGACUUUCUUGCGGAGUUCCCGGAUUUGCACAUCACUUAUGUUCAAGGAGCGCGCAAUCAAGUUGCUGAUGCCUUGUCUCGCCGUCCCGGUCUUCCACCUGCUCACAAGACACACCAACGACAGCACUGA